CCAUUCCAGCCCCGUGUGAUCUAGGAUCGGAGAGACCUGCCCUGCCCGCUGCAGUCUCCCUGGCUUCAGCUGCCGGGGCUUUCUGGACCAUCACCCUGGGGCUGCCGUAUGGCUUCUGGGCGCUGCGUGGGAACUGCAGAGCCCAGGAGUGGCUGAUGUAUGUGCCUUGGGCCCCAGUCACGGCGGGCUCCAAAGUGGAAGGCUUAGUGGAAAGCACGUAAAUGCCAGUGCCACCGGCUGUUGGCUGCUACAGAAGGUGCCUCCGGAAUCGAACUAGGACGAGAUUCUUCCAUCCAUCUCCUUGCUAAUAGAAGAUCCAGCCUACAGCCCCUUUCUAAAAGGGAUAUAUCUAUAUAGCCCCUUCUCCCCCACCCCGACUUAUCGCCCAGAGACUGCAAAGUGCUCGGCAAAGGUUGAGAAACGCUGGACUGAGUCGUGCUUUUUGUUGCAGUGAAGACGCGCUGAGGGAUGGAAGAGCUGGUUCUUUCGCUGGCGUGUGGCCUCUUCCCACGUCACUGAGCAGCAGGGCCCGUGGAAAACGUGGCUUCCUUGAGGACUGCCUGGGGUGGCAUGGAAGGGACGGCUGCCCCCUGCGGCACUGUGCUCCAGCCCCCGUCUGUCACCUGAGGAGCGGCGCCUCUUGCUAGGGGAGCCAACAUGUGAAGAGAAGACCAUGCCCCCGCUGGCUGGCACAUGCCUGGCUUUGUGUGUGGUGAUGGUGGGACUGGCAGUCAGGGCCGACCCGUGCCUUUUCACCGCAGACAACACGACAGCCAUGUGCAAGGGCCGGAACCUGGACCGAGUUCCCCGGCACCUUCCCCGCACCCUGCUCCGCCUGGAUCUCUCGUAUAACCGGCUCUAUGAGAUCUCCCCUGGGGACUUCGCAGAGCUGACCCAGCUGCAGAGCUUGGACUUGAGCUACAACAACCUCUCGCACAUCGCGGCAGGGGCCUUCGCCGCCAACGUCCUGCUGGAGGAACUCAGCCUCUUCAACAACUCCCUGCACCAGAUCCCUGCACUGGCCCUGAAGCCCUUGAGAAAACUGAGGCGGCUGGAGAUGUCUAAUAACUUGUACUGCCACUCAACGUUGGACAAGGCCUUCAGUACGCUGAGGAACCUACAGGAGCUCUCCAUGGGUGGACCUCUCAUCCAGACGGUCGGCAAGGGAGACUUCCUCCCGUUGAAAGAGAUAGCCUUACAGAAGUUUGCCCUGAAGACGGCGUCCAGCUUGUUGGAGUAUCAAGAAGGGGCGUUCUCGGUGCUCAACACCACCAGCCUGUGGUUCGACAUCGCCCUAGACAAGAAUCCCAACGCCUUGCCCGUGAUCCUGCGAGACCUGAAGGGGAAGCCGCUACUGUAUCUCCGCUUCCGUAACCUCUUCGAAUUCACCUACUACACGGACGCCGCAGAUCUCUUUUCCGGCUUAGCUGAGGUGCGAGCCGAAAAGCUGGUCUUCUACCGGGGCAAGUUCAAUGAAAACCUGCUGCGCCUGCGCAUCCGCGACCUCUCCCUGAUGGCCAUCGACUUUGCCCGCUCUCCCCAAUGGAAACGCCCGGAAGCGGGCAUCGCCAACCUGACCCUCGACAGCCUGCUGCUCCAGGACAUCAGCAACCCCGACAUCCUGCGGUUCGACUGGACCUUCACCUGGUUCAGCGGCGUCACCAACCUCUCCAUUCUCAACGUCAACUUCAACUUCGUGCCCUGCGACGCCUGGGACGAGAUGCGCAACGUGGUGGCCCUGGACGUCUCCAACAACCGGCUGACGGACGCCUACAUCUACAACCAGCGCUGCGACUACCAGGACGUCAUGCCCAAACUGGAGCGGUUCUUCGUGGCCAGAAAUGAGCUGACCAGCCUGAGCGUAUUGGCUAAGCUCACGGCCAAUUGGCCUCGCCUCACCCAUAUCAACGCCAGCCAUAACCAACUCGGAAGCCUGAAGGAGGAGACAUGCCAGUGGAAUUCUGGGCUGGUCUGGCUGGCCCUGGACCACAACACUGUUACCAUGGAGAUCUUCAAGUGCUUGCCCAUCACGCUUCUCUACCUGGACCUGUCCCACUCCCAACUUGACCGGCUGGAGAUGGACUUCUUUGACCGCUGCCGUCACCUUCAGGAGCUGAAGCUGAGUGGGAACAAGAUCAAGUUCAUCCCCUCAGUGUGGAAAUGCCCCAGCCUGCGGACGCUGGCUGUGGAUGGCAACUCCUUCGGCAUCAUCAGCAAAGGCUCCUUCGUCCACAUGCCCCAGCUGGCCAGCCUCCAGGCCGGCAACAAUCCUUACCACUGCACCUGUGACCUCUACGGCUUCUUGCAGGAGAUGUGGAGGAAGGGAAAGCUAACCCUGAAGGACUGGCCUGAGAACUGGAAGUGUUACCACCCCGAGUCCCUGCUGGACAUGAGGGUGGCUGACUACGCCCCAGGGCUGACGGAGUGCGACGUGAGGGUGGUGGUGGCCAUCUCUGUUUCGGUGACGGCCGUGGUGAUCAUUGCCAUCAUGGUGCUGUGUUGGAGGUUCGACGUGCCGUGGUAUCUCCACGCCACCUUCCGCAUCAUCCGGUCGAAGUCCCGCGCCCGCCACGCUACCCCGGCGCGGGCCUAUGCCUACCAUGCCUUCAUCUCCUACAGCUGGUCGGAUGCCGACUGGGUGAGGCAGGAGCUGCUCCGCCGGCUGGAGACCUCCACCCCCCCGUACCGCAUCUGCAUCCACGAGCGGGACUUCACGCCGGGCAAGUGGAUCAUCGACAACAUCAUCGAAAACAUCGAGAACAGCUGCAAGGUCAUCUUCGUCCUCUCCCGCAGCUUCGUGGACAGCGAGUGGUGCAACUACGAGCUGUACUUCGCCCACCAGCGGGCCGGGGGGCUGGGCUAUGAGGACGUCAUCCUGGUGGUGCUGGAGUCCAUCGACCCCCGCAGCCUGCCCAACAAGUUCUGCAAGCUCCGCAAGAUGCUCAGCACCAAAACCUACCUGGAGUGGCCUUCAGAGCCCAGCCGCCAGCCGUUCUUCUGGAUCCAGCUCCGCAACGUGCUGGGGAAACCAGGAGCCAUCGACACCAGCCAGGAUCAGGUCUCGCUGACCAGCAUGAAGGGGCGCUCUGAGGUGGCUGUGAGCGAUCUGGCAGAAGAGGAAAUUGCCAUUGAUGCGGACUCCAGCUCUGUGCUGCAUCUGCUCCGGAUCGGUGUCAAGGCACUGGGCCUUUGCUGGUGGGAUGUGAAGAGCGUUGCUCUGGUUCCUGGCCAACUCUCCAGUAGCCCUUUCCCUCCGGACUGA